GUCCAAAUGCUGGACCGGUGGGCGGAAACAGCGGAGUCUGAUUUAAUACUGGUCGAAGCGCUCCAGGGUAGCCCUCUGCUUCCAUCACAGACCAUGAGUGAUGUCCUUGAAACGGCCGUCUUGUAUAAUUCGUCCAAGUUCCCAUACUUGGCAAGGCCAGUCAGCGAUGGUGCUGUGAAGAAUAUGGAGUUGGCUUUGGAUGAAGCACAUAACGCCUCUGGGUACUUGUUAGAGCUAGCCAUGGAGGUAACCAAUAAUGCGAGGCGAGAGAUGCUUGCAGGAGACAAACUGCGGGAUGUAGUUUCAUCCAAAGGAAACAACAGCUUCCCUGGGGCUGUAGAUAAAUUGUCAGAAGCCAUAGCAGAGGCUGAGCAGUUUCCACACUUGCUGGGGGAAGUGGCAAACGCAAAGGUGCUCCAGGGGCAGUGGAGAAGACGCGCUCAGGCCAUGGAGCGUCUUGACACUGUGAUGAACCAAGUCAAAGCGCAUCCUGGGCAUCAUUCGAAAGGAAGGAAACAAGAGAAACCUGAUAGGGCAGAAGUCCAAGGAUUGGAUAUGCAAAUGCUAGAGAGCAGAGUGAAGUUGCUUGAGGUUGCCAUUGAGGAGGCAAAAGAGUCCAGCAUCAGUGUGGACAAAGCAAAGAGGCUGCUGAAGGAGCUGCAGGGCCAGGCUGCUGCUGCAGACGCUGCGUCGAACCUGGAUGCUGUAAUGGCCAAGAAACCUUGUGGUUCGGGUGUGCUGAAGGCAGCUCUUCUAAAAGCUGAAGCCGCGUGCAGCAGCGCCUCGGGCUCCUCUUUAACCAGCGGAGUGUGGUCACCAUCUGAGCUUUUGGUUCCAAAAGUGUCAGCAGCAAGGAAACGUAUGGAUGUUGAGAAAGCUGUAGAAGCCCUGGGGAGGGCCACAACCAGCUGCAAGACGGUGGCCGACCUUCCUAAACUGGAGGCGUCCAUCUUGUCAGCCAGAAAAGUGGGCGCAGAAGAGCUGGACCCUGAGGGGUAUACUGUUGCCAGUGAGCUCAGGGUCAGGCUGCACAAUGCAGCCAAAGUAAGGCAGGCCCUCGAAACGGCUGUCAGAAAUCUUCAAAAGCAACAACGACGAAUGGAUGCGGAAGAUGUGGAGCGGUUACUGCUGGAAGCUCGGGAUUGCGACGAGCUGCUUGCAGAGGAAACGGGAAAGGCCAGAGUCACUCUUGAGCAGUGGAAGUCUCAGGCUGAGAGUGAAGCCAAACUAUCCCUAGCGCUGCAAGAGGGCAUGAGUGCGGACCAGCUUUCCCAGGCCAUUCAGGAGGCAGCCACUGCUGGUGUGAAGGUGCAUGCUGCGAAACGCAUCUUGAAGCUGAUGCAAAGGCUGGAGAGCGCAUUACAGCAAGCUACUGACACGCCUUCCCGGUACUCUGAGCUCCAGGAGAUCGUGGAGGCAGCAGAGCAGGGCGGCGUUAAUUCAAGUGUCAUCGUGGCGGCUCGUGGCCAGCUGAAGAGCCUCCUGGCUGCGGGCGCCCUUGAGGCCCUGGAAGGGGUGCUGCAGAAGCAGGCCAACCUUGAUGUCAUUGAAAGGCGGACUGUGCUCGAGGCUGCUCUGGAGAAAGCCAGGGAGGUGACAGAAAUUGGACCCAAAGGCACAGCAGGCCUUGAGCUUGAGGAGGAAAGUCUUGGCGUCGAUGGCGAUAGCCCAGGCACCAAGGACACUGGCGAUGACAAGAGACAGUGCAUGCAUGUUGACGAUGUCACACAAGUCCAGAGGCUGGCCCAACAGGUGGUCGAUCUUCUAAAGAAAGAUGAAGUCGAAUUUGAACGACUGCAAGCGGAGAGGCAGGAGAAGGAGCGUGCGGAGCAAGAGCAAAGGGAACUCGAGCGCCUCGACCGAGAGAAGCGGGAGGUGGAGAGGCUGGAGAAGGAGCGCCAAGAGAAGGAGGAAAGGGAACGGCUGGAGGCAGAGAAGAAGGAGAAGGAGAGGGUGGAAAAGGACCGCAAGAAGCGCGAGGAAGUGGAGCUGGUGAUGGCGUUGGUCCACCAAGAGAGACCUGACAAACUGCGCAGGGAGCGGGCGCGUGCCGAUCGGCUGAAGCGCCUUGUCACCGCCCGCGACCUCAGGCCCAGUCCCAUUGGUCUGCAGACGCAUCCGAUGUGCUUCGAAGGCAGUGGAAACUUCGUUCAACAAGAGGGUUCGAUGGCUGGCGGGAUGUAUGACGGCGAUGCCAGUCUUGAGCAAGGGGAUUCGUUGAAUGCCCUGGACAACGAAGUGAGGAAGCUGAUAGACAGCUUGAACAUCGACGAUCCUGUGAUGGGAGCUGCAUUUGGUGACCUCCACGACACCACCUCCGGAGAACUCGGCCUUGUGGACACCACACCACCGCUGUACCAUGGGGGUUGCUCAUUGCCAGGACCAAUUCCAGACAUGACAGGCCGAGAGAUGUCACUUGGAGCUGGUCUGGAAUUUGGCGGCGAGGCAUCGAGGCCGCCGGUGGACUGGUCCAUGGACGCCUCCUCCUCCGUGGCCACCGCGCCGGACUUCAGCAUCGGCGCCACCCGGGGCGGCUCGAUGGACUUCGACGCGGGCGCGGACUCCUGGGCCCUCAAGGGCCUGCGGGACAUCCAGACGGGCCACAACGCCCCCUACUACGGCAUGCACGUCGACCUCGUCAAGUCCCUGAUGCAGGGCAGCGGAGGGGCAUCCCAAUGGGCCCAGCCCGCCGUGCCCCCGCGGCCCCUCAGCUCCUCCGACGCCGACACCUCCAAGUCCCUCGAGCGCCUGGGGAUCGCCAAGUCGGAGUUCGGCCGCCGCGGCGCCCAGGACUACGGUGCGUCAUCCGCCCUCGGGGCCAACCUGCCGAGCCAGGCCGGAGAUUCCGGGCUGUUGGGAUCCCUGUGGCGCCCGAGCGCCCAGGCCCCCCCCGGCGACGCAUCCCGCCCCGUGCUCCAGCCCCAGGGCGGGGGCGAGCCGGGCUUGGGCCAGUACUUCCAGCACGCGCCCUUCGGUGAGUCCGGCAGGCUGCGCGGGAUCGGCGACCCGCCGCCCAGCUCCGCGGGUCCGAUCGGGCCCCAGGGCCCGCCCAGCAUGCCGGGCUUCGCGUUCGGCGCGCCGGGCAACGCGGCGUUCAGCCACGGCCCGGCGAUGGGCCCCUUUAUCGGGACGUCCUCCCCGCUGGCGUCCAGCCCCAGGCGGGGCUUGGCGGGGAUGCUGGGCGGGAUGAGUCCCACGGGGAUGGGCGGGAGGGAGUUCGGGGGCGCCGGCGGCUUCGCGUCGCCCACCAACACCCAGAGCCCCUUUCCCGGCGUGGGCGUGGGGAUACCGGGGUCGGCGAACAAUUUGCUCAGGGCCAACCUGCGCAGCCUGUCGCUGCAGAGGAACCUGUCCGUGCAGCCGCCUGCGGACGUGGACCCGGUGGUGCCCGACGAGAUGGUGGCGCUGUCCGGGCUGUCCCGCAGGGACAGCACGCACUCGCAGCCCUGA